AUGGCCGACAACGAAGCGCACGCCGCUCUUCCAGAGCUCCCGCAUCCACCUGCCGCGAAUCCGGAUGCCCAAGCUACAGUCAAUGACUUCCUUGACUACACCGAGUACUUUCCAGCCGAUCUGGCGCGAUCCAUGAGCCUCAUCCAGGAUCUGAAGCGAACUUGUCUCAAUGCCACCGAUGCAGUCCACCAGCUCACAGAAGUCUAUAGCAGACUUCCCACCAUACCCGGGCCUGAGCGCCCCGACCCCGUCGCUCUACGCAAGCAGAUUGCCUCUGCGCUGAACCAGGCAUUGUACAGCCAACAACUGGCUGCGACCGAAUCUGCCCGCUUGACUGAGGUGGCAAGCCGCUAUGUGCGUCGCCUUACAGUCAUCAGGAAGAAGCUGGAAGCAGCACCCCAACCCCCGUCGCGCGAUCCCACGCCUGCACCCGUGUCUCCCAAAGCUUCGCGCUCUUUGGCUCGGCCCUACGAGAACACGCCUCGCCUGAACCUGCACUUUAGCCAUGGCGCGAGCACCUCGAAUCGCAAAGGCCACCCGUCUGCCACAGGGAGAGCAGAUUCGAGAGCGAGCACAUCCGAUUCGGAUACUGAUACUUCGGAUCUCAGAGCGGCACGGCUCGCGUCCAUCAAAUUGAAGGGACCGAAGGAGAGGACACCCAGGCCCCCGAAGCCGGUCCGACCACGUGUAACGGGCCCAGCACCCAUUUCGACCAGCACUGCGCUUGCAAUGCUGUCUCCACCGCCGCCAGAUGCUAAACCCGGAAGCAAGUAUGCGCCUUGGUUUAAAUUGACGGAGUAUGAAAUGGCCGUUCUUCGUAAGUCGAUGAAGAAAAACGCACUCUGGACACCGAGCGAUACUAUGAUUCGGCGGGAGUUAGAAAAGAAGGGGCGUGGCCAUUUCUACUACGAACAGGCGAAGGCACGUUGCGAGGCUACGGGUGAAGAGUUGCUUGACGAGGAACCCUACCAAUCCUCUUCGACGAAGCUCCCACUCGUAACACCUUCUGAUACCGUAGUCAAUGGGGACCACCUCGCAACGCCCGUUGCUCCCCUUAGAGAUUCGUUAAAAGAAGACACGUCGACUGUGAAUAAAGGGAUGAAGCUGAAUGAGGCCAAAGAAGCCAAGAGAGCGAAGCGAGAGUCUCAACGUGAGAUGGCUAUGCGUGACGCGCAAUCGUUGGUAGACACGGCACGAAAGGUAGAGCAAGCGGCAGAGAGUCUCAAGGAACUGAAUUUUCCCUCUGAGCCGGUUACGGUGACGCCAACGAGGAGAUCGUCAGCAGCAGCUGCAAAUAAGAGAAAACGUGAUUCCUCGUCCGCGCCAAUAACCGAGACUUCUGGCAGGACAAGAGAAGCAUCUCACGUUUCCAGAGAUAGCUCCAAACCUCCAGAAGCAAAAAGGAUGCGGAUGACAAACCUGUCAAUCAUACCACCACCGCUGUCAAGUGGUUGGACCAGCACUCCCGCACCUCCUACCGCGACAAGUCAUGCAACCAUGACAUCCCCUGUUUUUAUAGGGCUUACGCAACCCUCGACCGAAGCCUUACUCGAGAGCUCGACCACUCCGGCAGAAGUAGCGGGAACAACGACGGUACCACUGGCACCUUCUGGGCCAACCACACCAGAGCCUAACAAGGAACCAUCACUGCGGGAACAAAGUCGUCAACCGACACCGGCCCAAACUUCACCCCACACCGCUCCCCAUUCCCCGACCUUUCCAAUCCUCACUGCAGCCUCGUCGCGACCCCGCCGCGAAUCCGUUAUGGCUCCCAAAGUGCCUAGCCCACCGCCUGCACCGGAACCUGCAACGAAGCCUUCGAAACCUUCCCCACCGGUACCCCAGCGCGCCCACGAAUCUGAGCUUCAGCAAGGAACUGAUGUUGUUCCGGAAGCUGAGUCGAAGCGUGAGCGACCUGCAACGCGACCAAGAUCCGCACGUCACCAUGUUCCCACUCCGAAGGCACAAAGUGAGGAACCAAAACCAAUGGAGACAGGCAAGUCUACGCGAGAACUACGUCGUCACAGCAUAUUUGGCCAGAGUGCAGUGACGCUCCCCACCAGGACAAGCUCCCGGAGAAAGCCACCUCCCAAAGGAGACGUGACGUCGGCCGAGAAUGGCCAAAAAUCAGUGACGACUGUGAGGCGUGCCCAAGGCAGCAAGAAUAAGAAGAAGAAAAAGGCCGAUGAACAAGCCAAUGAAGUCGAUGACAUUGAUCCAAACGAGGAAAGGUACUGUAUAUGCGACGACGUCAGUUACGGCGAGAUGAUAUCCUGCGACAACCAUUGUGAACGCGAAUGGUUUCACCUCGAAUGCGUGGGCAUGACUUCAAAUGACAUUCCUGCUCGGCGUGCGAAAUGGUACUGCCCAGACUGCCGCAAGCAACUCGGCGUUGACGCUUAUGGCAACCCCCUCGUGCCUCCUCCUCUGCCAGGUCGACGUGCUAAUCGGAACAAAGCAUUCGUCGAAAAUAAUCACGAUUCAGAUCAAAUCAAGGUUAUUGAAAGCACUAUACACAAGUCAGACUCUGCUCUCGAAAGACCAAAAGAACGUGUAGGCUCAAUUGUUUCGCUGUCUUCCACUGGCAGCGGAGGCGACUACUCAGUCACGGACGAUAGUGAAUGCGAAGAGACGGCGGUCCACACCACCAUGUUGUCCAAAGCCACUCUCACGACGAUCGACUUGAUCAUGCGGAAAGUCGAAAUCAAUCUGAACUACGCCACGUACAUUCAAUGUGCUGGAGCAUCAUCCUCACGCGGUCAUCCAUCUGGCGCGAAUUCGACCAGUCGACGCGGCUCCGUUCAGGGCUCUAAUGGAAAGCGGAGAGCACGCGGCGAUGAUAGCUUGCAACCCGACGAAGCCGACGAUGAUGGUCCUACCAAGAGAAGACGUGUGUCUAUAGCUACGACUGAGGAUUCGGAAACCGGUCCACGAUUUGCGUGCCCUUUUUAUAAACACGAUCCGGACAGGUACCGUAACCGUCGCACCUGUCCCGGCCCUGGUUGGCCUACGGUGCAUCGGAUGAAAGAACACCUGUAUCGCGCGCAUGCGCAGCCAAUCUUCUGUCCGAGAUGCUACACCAUGUUCGACGCAGACAGCGAUCUUUCUAAUCAUCUAAGAUCGGAUCCGUGUCAAAUGACCGCACCACAACCCAUCGAAGGCAUUGACAGAGAGACACUCGCACUGCUGCGCAAACGAUCACCUCCUCUUCGCCUCGAGGAAGAUAAGUGGCGUGAUACGUACCAAAUGCUGUUUCCAGAAGUCUCCGGAGCAGAUAUUCCUUCUCCAUAUUAUGAUGGCGAUUCACCUUCAGAAGAGUCUCGCCGUUUUCGCAGAGAACUCCUCCGCCGCAUCCAGGAGGAACUCUUCGCAUCGGCUGAAAGAGAAGCCGGGCCCGUAGAGCAGAAGUUGCUGCGGCAGGUGGCUGAUAUUAUUCGCCGCUGUGAGAGCGAAUUAUUGAACUCAACGCAACAUUCAGGGAGAGCACUCGACGCGCCAGCCUUAGCCUUUGGGCCAAACCGACCCACUGAAGCCCACCCCCACCCAAAUAAUUCCCCCCUGCGUUCGCCGUUGAAUUCAUCGACCACGGAAAUAGGAACUUCCAGUAUGCGACCCAGCAGUAUGCCAUCAAGAAGUACCAUCGGCAUCUAUACUCCUUUGCACACUGAUCCAUCCCCCGCGGACGCAUCCGAAUCCUCCCCCCUGCCUUACGGCUUCUCCUUCCCACCACCGACAGCGUCAUGGGACUAUGCUGACUUGAUCGAUUGGAGCGCAGUCUUUCCCGUGGGUGGGGAGCGGAGCGAGAUGAUGGCUGUAUCGCCAUCGUCAUCGAAUACGUUGGCAAUGCCGCAUGUAUUGGGGACUUGA